AGAGCGCGUCGUAAUAAAGGAGAACAUUUUCUUUACCGGUCGCAUCUUCAUUUCCCUUUCCCCUUACCCCUUGCCCUUCCCUUCUCUUCGUAGUCUCUCUCAUCUCCUCGCUCAUAUAUAUAUACACGCAAUUCACAGACUUGAGAGUUGAUUUCGAUUGAUUACCGUUGUUCUUCCUUUCUCAAGCGAAGCACACGCGCGCAAAUACUUGCAGCGUUGUUGUUGAGAGGAUGGAAUCGGAGGACGAGAUGGGGGAGACGUUGAUGGAGGACUCCAACGACGAGGAAGAAUUCUAUGGCGGCGGCGGCGGAUAUGAUGAAGAUGAUUCAGACCUGGAUGACGUCGUCCUCGACUAUGACGGUUUCAUGGACCACGACUCAGACGAUUCCGAUUCCUCCUCGCAUAACCGCCGCUAUCGUCAUCGAUCGCAGAAUUAUAUCAUUUUAAGUGAAUGCGAUAUUCAACAAUGCCAAGAUGAGUGUAUUACAAAGAUAUCAACUAUCCUCUCUGUUUCAAGAGUUGCUGCUGGUAUUCUGCUCCAUCACUAUAAAUGGAGUGUAAGUAAGGUGAAUGAUGAAUGGUUUGCAGAUGAAGAGAAGGUUCGCAAGGCUGUUGGUUUGGUGGAGGAUUGUGUUCCCCUUCCUGAUGCAAAAGAGCUAACUUGUGAGAUCUGCUUUGAAACCUAUCCUCGGGAUAGGCUGAGUUCUGCUGCCUGUGGCCACCCUUUUUGUGAUACAUGUUGGCAAGGAUAUAUAGGCGCAUCUAUAAAUGAUGGACCCGGAUGUUUGAUGUUGCGGUGUCCUGAUCCAUCUUGCUGUGCAGCUGUUGGCCAGGAUAUGGUGAAUAAGUUGGCUACUCGUGAUGACAAAAUAAAAUAUAAUCGCUACUUAUUAAGAUCAUUUAUUGAAGACAAUCGAAAGACUAAGUGGUGCCCUGCUCCAGGUUGUGAUUAUGCUGUGGAAUUUAUUGUUGGUAGUGGAAACUAUGAUGUUACAUGUCGUUGCUCCCAUAGUUUUUGCUGGAAUUGCGUAGAGGAAGCCCACCGGCCAGUUGACUGUGAAACUGUGUCUAAAUGGAUAAUGAAGAACAGUGCUGAGUCUGAAAAUAUGAAUUGGAUAUUGGCAAAUUCCAAACCUUGUCCAAAGUGCAAGCGGCCGAUCGAGAAGAAUCUUGGUUGCAUGCAUAUCACAUGUACACCACCAUGUAAAUAUGAGUUUUGCUGGUUGUGUCUUGGUGCAUGGUCAGAGCAUGGUGAAAGAACUGGUGGGUUUUAUGCAUGCAACCGUUAUGAAGCAGCUAAGCAAGAAGGAAUAUAUGAUGAAGCUGAAAGACGAAGAGAGAUGGCGAAAAAUUCCUUAGAGAGGUACACACAUUACUAUGAAAGAUGGGCAACAAACCAGUCGUCCAGGCAACGAGCAAUUGAAAAUCUACACCAAAUGCAGACAGUACAUUUGGAAAAACUAAGCGAUAAACAGUGCCAGCCUGAGUCACAGCUAAAGUUCAUAAUAGAGGCUUGGCAGCAGAUUGUGGAAUGUAGGCGGGUUUUGAAAUGGACAUAUGCAUAUGGAUAUUAUCUUCCCGAACAAGAGCAUGCCAAGAAGCACUUUUUUGAGUAUUUGCAGGGUGAGGCGGAGUCUGGUUUGGAACGUCUUCACCAAUGUGCUGAGAAGGAAUUUCAGGUUUACCUCAACUCUGAUGGUCCUUCACAAGACUUCAAUGAGUUCCGAACCAAGUUAGCCGGCUUGACCAGUGUAACCAAAAAUUACUUUGAGAACCUUGUUCAAGCUUUAGAAAAUGGUCUAUCAGAUGUAGACCCUCAUGCUGCAUUGAGGGUAGGUAGCUCAAAAACUCUGGGUGGCAACAAAGGAAAAGGCAGCAAAGGCAAGGGAAGUUCCUCCAGAUCAAGCAGUUCUCGUCACAUAAAUGAUUCGGGCCAUUGGUCUUGUGAAUACUGCACUUAUGUGAAUCCUAUGUCGGCCACUAUUUGCGAAAUGUGCCAGCAGAAUCGAUAAACCAUCACCCACUCAAAUGGUUGGGUGUGCUGUGCUGCUGCUUGGAUUUACAAAUGAAGCCGUGCCCGCCCCUGUUGUCUUCUUGUGGGGGAAAGCUCCCUCUUCGUUGAAGAUGGGAGUCAUGACUGAAUGUAAAAUGUGAAGGAAAAGAUCUGCGCUAGGGAAGGUUUGGUUCUCAAGAUUGAUUAAUCUGUGAGGUAGUUGCUGCCCUUGUCGGUAGAUUCAAUAAUGCACAUGUAUAGAAAGAUUUAGAGAGUAAUUCUGUUGUGCAUGAUUUAUUGUUUCUUACUUAAAAGGUAAGAGUAGUGAGUAGAUAUCUACAGUAGUCUUGUGUGAUUUCUUGUAAGUAGGCUGGAAGAUGCACAGAAACUUGUUAUCUACAGACUGAUGAAGUUUGUAUGCUGCAUGUUAGCUAUAGGCUACAUGCGCAUUUCUCUGCAAUGAAAUAUCUGUCUCUCACAGGAUUCUACCGUAAUGAA